AUGGAUUCCGCCAAAGUCCCCGUCAAGCUUGUCAAAGUGACCCGCGUUCUCGGCCGCACCGGUUCGCGAGGUGGUGUCAGCCAGGUCCGCGUCGAGUUCAUGGAUGAUACUACGCGGAGCAUUAUCAGGAACGUAAAGGGACCGGUGCGCGAGAACGACAUCCUCUGCCUUCUCGAGUCCGAGCGUGAGGCCAGGAGGCUGCGAUAA